AUGACGCUGGAACACGAAAGCCAGGAAAUCGACGUCAACCACGGGGACCUUCAAGAUCAAGAUCAGCGCAGCUACGACAACCACGAAGACUUUCAAGAUCAAGAUCAGCGCAGCGACGACACCCACGAAGACCCUCAAGAACAAGACCAGCACAGCGGCGCUGACGAAGAGGAGGAGAAGACACCCGUUAUUGACUUGACCGGGUUCGACAGCAUGGAUGACGAACCGGCGCCAGGAACACGGGACCACAUUAUCCAGAAGCAAGGUUUGGUGAGAGUGUGCCAUGGCCGACGGACGUGCGUCACAUGA